AUGUCGAGCGUAGAACUUCGGUUCAGUGGGGAUACACAUGGAAUUUCAUUCAGAUUGUCACUAAUAUUCGAGCAAAAUUCGCUCAUCCCGAUUUCCCUCUCAUUUCUCCCACCUUUCCCCUGCCUCCUCCCUCCUUUCCCCAUCUCCCGCGUCGAUCCCCCCUCCUUUCCCUCCUCCUUCAGUUCCUCCUCCCUUCUUUCUUCUUUCUUCUUUCUUCUUUCUGGCCUGACAUGUCCUCUCCAGCCAUCACCACCACCGCCGUUGUCGCAGCCGUUGCUCUCCGCCGCCGCCGUUUCUUCCCGCCGCUCGCUUGAGGUCGUUCUGCUAACUUGGAAGUUCGGCCAGCAGAUUGAUGAGCAUGUGCAGAAGGAGAUUAUGAACCACAGGUCCUUGAAGCAUCCUAACAUAAUCAGAUUCAAGAAGGUGGUGCUAACACCAACCCAUCUAGCUAUAGUCAUGGAAUAUGUUGCAGAAGGAGAAAUCUUUGAGAGAAUAUGUAAUGCUGGUAGAUUCAGUGAGGGUGAGGUAACUUAAUUAAACCAAAUCUUAUGAAGAUCUGUAUGCCCACCUCUCUCUGCCAUUUCUCUUCUGAUGCAUGCUUUUAUGCCUUGGGACUAUAUGUGAUGAUCAAAUUCUCACAUGGGCUACUUUAGAAUUUCAUAUAGAUGAGCCAUUUCAAUUCAUCUCUUGGUUUCUUGAUCUAAAAUCACAAAAGAUGUUAAAAUUGUUUUGGGAUCUGUUUUGAUUCGAUCAUAGAAAAGUCAUUGUUGGGUCUUCACUAACAAUAUAUAUAAGCAUUUGGGAUAAUUAUUGUAAAUUAUAUGUUUUUUAAAAUUAAUGAGAUUGUAAUUGUACACAAUUUUGAAAAAUACUAGGUUUAUUAUUAAUAUAUCUCCUUGAACCACAAAGGAAUUGAGAUAUUUAUUUU